CGUGGUGCCGUGGCAGUGGCUAUCGUGGUGGCAUAGUGGUGCCGUGGCGGUGGCCGUCAUGGUGCUAUUGUGGUGCCGUGGCGGUGGCCAUCGUGGUGCCAUCGUGGUGCCGUGGCAGUGGCCAUCAUGGUGGCAUAGUGGUGCCAUGGCCGUGGCCAUUGUGGUGCUGUGGCAGUGGCUGUCAUGGUGCCAUAGUGGUGCCACACCAGUGGCCAUCGUGGUGCCGUGGCGGUGGCCAUCAUGGUGCCAUCGUGGUGCUGUGGCAGUGGCUAUCCUGGUGCUGUGGUGGUGGCCAUUGUGGUGCCGUGGUGGUGGCCAUCGUGGUGCCGUGGCGGUGGACAUCAUGGUGUCAUCGUGGUGCCGUCAUGGUGCCAUCAUGGUGCCACGGCUGUGGCUAUCAUGGUGCUGUGGUGGUGGCCAUUGUGGUGCCGUGGUGGUGCCACGGCGGUGGCAAUCAUGGUGCCACGGCAGUGGCUAUCAUGGUGCCGUGGCGGUGGCCAUCAUGGUGCUGUGGCAGUGGCUAUCCUGGUGCCAUGGCAGUGGCCAUCGUGGUGCCGUGGUGGUGGACGUCAUGGUGUCAUCGUGGUGCCAUCGUGGUGCCAUGGUGGCAAACAUCAUGCUGCCAUGGUAGUGGCCAUCAUGGUGCCAUGGCUGUGGCUUUCAUGGUGCUGUGGUGGUGGCCAUCAUGGUGCCACGGCGAUGGCCACGCCACCACCGUCCCGCUGGCGCUGCCCUCGCCAUCCCUCCCCGCAGAGCGUCACCGGCGCCUUCUGCCCGCCACAUGAGGACACGGCAGUGGUGAGCUGCGGCCUGGACCGCGGCCGCUUCCUCCUCUCGGACGUGGCCUUUCCCGGCUCCACCGUCGCCGUCCUCAAGAGACCCUCCUUCUGCCCCGCCAAGCACCUGGGGGCGCAGCCGGAGAUCGCCCUCCCUGCCGAGCUGCGGGGCCGCGGGGUGGCCGCGGGGGUGGCCGUGCUGCUGCAGGCCAGCACCGGCCGCAUCCUGCUCACCCGCCGCGCCAGCACCCUCAGCAUCUUCCCCAACGUCUGGGUGCCGCCGGGUGGGCACGUGGAGCCGGAUGAAGAGUUGCUGGAGGUGGGGCUGCGGGAGCUGGCGGAGGAGACGGGGCUGCGCCUGGAAGCGGGGACCUUCUCCUGGAGGAUGCUCGGCCUCUGGGAGUCCAUCUACCCGCCCAUGCUCAGCCGGGGGCUGCCGCGCCGCCACCACGUCGUGGCCUACCUGCUGCUCCUCUCCGCCGAGCCCCACCAGCGCCUGGAGGCCAGGAUGCGUCCCAGCGAGAGCGAGGUGAGCGCCUACGCCUGGCUGGAGCCCCCCGUCCUGGAGGCCAUCGCCGCCACGGAGGAUGGAGCGGAGACUUUGGGAAGCGUCCCCAGCGCGCUGCCGGCCACCGUCGGCAUCACGGAGCUGAGCGACGGCUCCGCCAGCACCACCCAGCUCCCGACCGCGACCUUCCUGACCACGGCUCCGGCCGAAGGGGAGGACGUGGAGCGGGUCAGCACUGGCACCAAGUUCGCCCUCCGGCUCUGGCUGGAGUCCCUGGGGGAGCCGGGGCGGGCCGGGCCCUAG